AUGCCCUAUGUUGUCUUCAUCGCUGCUCCGGAGCUGGAGACAUUGUGCGCCAUGCACAAAGCUGUGGUGGACGCUGGCAUUGCUACCAAGCUUUUGACGGACUCUGACUUGAAGAAAACAGUGGAUGAAAGUGCACGAAUUCAGAGAGCAUACAACCACUAUUUUGAUUUGAUCAUCGCUUGGUUAACUGGUGUGUUCCCUUUGGCAGGUGGCCCCACCCCGGGCGGCGGUGCCCCCUGGCACCUUCGAAAUGUCCUCAGCGACUCAGUGGAGAGCUCAGAUGAUGAAUUCUUUGAUGCAAGAGAGGAGGUGGCUGAAGGGAAGAAUGCCAUUCUCAUCGGGAUGAGCCAGUGGAAUUCGAAUGACCUGGUGGAGCAGAUGGAGACCAUGGGCAAACUGGAGGAGCAUCAAGGAGAAGGGAGCGCGCCCUGCACGUCCAGCGUCCUGCAGGAGAAGCAGAGAGAGCUGUACCGGGUCUCCUUGAGAAGACAGAAGUUCCCGGCCCAAGGAAGCAUUGAGAUCCACGAAGACAGUGAGGAAGUCUUCUCCCAGCGCUCCUGCAAGACUCAAGUGCUCCUGCUGGUGCUGCACGGGGGGAACGUCCUGGACACGGGCUCGGGGGACCCCUCCUGCAAGGCAGCCGACAUCCACACGUUCAGCUCCGUGCUGGAGAAGGUCACACGUGCCCACUUCCCUGCGGCCCUGGGCCACAUCCUCAUCAAGUUUGUCCCCUGUCCUGCCAUCUGCUCCGAGGCCUUCUCGCUGGUCUCCAACCUCAAUCCCUACAGCCACGAUGAGGGCUGUCUCAGCAACAGCCAGGACCACGUCCCUCUGGCCGUGCUGCCCCUGUUGGCCAUCUCCUCCCCACAGUACCAGGAUGCGGUUGCCACCGUCAUCGAGCAAGCCAACCAGGUCUACGCAGAGUUCCUCAAGUCCCCGGACGGCAUCGGCUUCAGUGGGCAGGUGUGUCUCAUCGGGGACUGUGUGGGGGGCCUCCUGGCCUUUGAUGCCAUCUGCUAUAGUGCGGGGCCCUCGGGCGACAGCCCUGGCAGCAGCAGCCGGAAGGGGAGCGUCAGCAGCACCCAGGACACCCCGGGGGUGGAGGAGGAGUGCAGUCUGGCCAGCAGCAAGCGGCUCAGCAAAAGCAGCAUUGACAUCUCCAGCGUGUUGGAGGAUGAGGAGCCCAAGAGGCCGUUGCCACGGAAACAGAGCGAUUCCUCCACCUAUGACUGCGAGGCCAUCACCCAGCAUCAUGCCUUCCUAUCAAGCAAGGGGCUCCCUGUGUUGCUCCCAGGACUCCAGGUGCGUCCGGCCUGCAGCCAGGUCUACAGCUUCUUCCACUGCGCAGACCCCUCCGCCUCACGGCUUGAGCCACUGCUGGAGCCCAAGUUCCACCUGGUGCCGCCCGUCAGCGUGCCCCGCUACCAGAGGUUCCCGCUGGGCGAUGGACAGUCCCUCCUCCUUGCGGAUGCCCUGCACACCCACAGCGCCCUCUUCCUGGAGGGCAGCUCCCAGGGAAGCCCGCCGAUGGUGGACGCCCCCGCCUCGCCCCUUCAGGCCCCGCGGUCCCAGCGCCCGGGGCGGAGGAUGAGCCAGGGCAGCUUGCACAGUGAGAGCUCUGAGUCCUCAGACAGCCUGGCACCCAUCGGCGCCUCCUGCAUCACGGCCAAGUGGUGGGGUGCCAAGCGCAUCGACUACGCCCUGUACUGCCCUGAGGUCCUCACCGCCUUCCCCACUGUGGCGCUGCCCCACCUCUUCCAUGCCAGCUACUGGGAGUCCACGGACGUGGUGGCCUUCAUCCUGAGACAGGUGAUGCACUAUGAGAGUGUGACCAUCAAGGAGAGCGAUGGCUUGGAUCCUGCCACCCUGAGCCCCACUAACCCCCGAGAGAAGUGGCUUCGUAAGAGGACCCAGGUCAAGCUGCGGAACGUCACUGCCAACCACCGGGCCAACGACGUGAUUGCCGCCGAAGACGGCCCCCAGGUCCUGGUGGGACGGUUCAUGUACGGGCCCCUGGACAUGGUGGCUCUGACGGGAGAGAAGGUGGACAUCCUGGUGAUGGCGGAGCCGUCCUCAGGCCGCUGGGUGCACCUGGACACGGAGAUCACCAACAGCAGCGGCCGGAUCACCUACAGCGUGCCGAGGCCCCGGCGCCUGGGGGUGGGCGUGUACCCUGUGAAGAUGGUGGUCAGGGGCGACCAGACCUGUGCGAUGAGCUACCUCACGGUGCUGCCCCGUGGCAUGGAGUGCGUGGUAUUCAGCAUCGACGGGUCCUUUGCCGCCAGCGUGUCCAUCAUGGGAAGUGACCCCAAGGUCCGGCCGGGGGCAGUGGACGUUGUCCGGCACUGGCAAGACCUGGGCUACAUGAUCCUCUACAUCACGGGGCGGCCGGACAUGCAGAAGCAGCGGGUGGUUUCCUGGCUGUCCCAGCACAACUUCCCACAGGGCAUGAUCUUCUUCUCGGACGGGCUGGUGCACGACCCGCUGCGGCAGAAGGCCAUCUUCCUCCGCAACCUCGUGCAGGAGUGCUUCAUCAAGAUCAGCGCUGCCUAUGGCUCCACGAAGGACAUCUCCGUCUACAGCGUGCUGGGCCUGCCGCCCUCCCAGAUCUUCAUUGUGGGCCGGCCCACCAAGAAGUACCAAACCCAGUGCCAGUUCCUGAGCGAGGGCUACGCCGCCCACCUGGCCGCCCUGGAGACCAGCCACCGCGCGCGCCCCAAGAAGAACAACUCGCGGAUGGUCCUGCGCAAGGGCAGCUUCGGCCUCCACGCGCAGCCCGACUUCCUCCGCAAGCGCAACCACCUGCGCAGGUCCGACAAGGACCACGAGCGGCCCCUGUCCGCACUCAGCUGGGCGCGCGGGACCCCCAAGUUCGAGUCGGUGCCCUGAGGGUGGGCUGUGCGCGAAGCAGGGGGCCCCUACCUGGCUGCCUGCGGGGAUGGGAGCGGCUGCCUUCUCCGGGACACAGGCCUUUUCUUGCUUUUCCCCUCCCGUGUCUGUCCAGUAGUGUCUGACCACAGGGGGGAGGGGUCCUACCCGGCCUUGGGGGGCUCCCUCGGCUGCCAAGGGGUGAGAUCCCCGUCUCAGUGCAGCCACUGCUGCCUCCCCGGUGCCUGCGGCUUCAAGCCCUAAUCGGGGUUGAUGUCUGUGAGGUGGGUGCAGGCCUGCCCGGAGCUGGAGUGUUGGACAAAGGCGACCAUCUUUCUGGGUUUUCCGGGCUUCCAAGGUCAUGUGAGGCAGGCCGGGGAUCCAGGGCCACUGGCAGGAGGAGAGGCGAGUGGCAUUGGUGCCUGAUAUCCUGAGUCACCACCUUGGGCCUGGCUCUCCUAUGGCAAAGCGGCCACUUUCUGGGAGAGAGAGGGUGUCCCCUGGGCCAAGCUAUGUUCAGGUGUCUGUCCCCAGCCCUGGGGGGAGGGGUCUGGUGCUGACGGGCUGUCCUGCAGCUGUUCAAGUCCCGCCUUCUGUCCUCAGUACCUUCACCACUCUCCUGUGGCCCCGAGGGCAGUUGUUCCUCUUUCUGGAGUCCCCGCCUGGUGCCGUCCCCUGUGAGGCUGUGGCCUUGGGCUCUGGCCUAGCUGGGCUGGCUGUGAGCCCUUGAGCCAGCUGCUUGCCCUCUCUGGGCCCUGCCUUCCUAUGUAAUUGCGGGAUCUCCCCAGCUGAGAUAGGAUGGGGGCGCGUUUUGACUCCUAGGCUAUCCCACACUUCUGCCCCAUGAGGCUUUCCAGGACCCGAGCUCCUCAGAGGGCUCAGGGAUCUAUGCUGUCUCCACAGUCGGAGAGCGGGACUCAGAGUGGGCGGGAGGGAGCAGCUAUUGCCCCACCGCUUCGGAGAUGCCCCUGGGGCUGGGGGAGGGGUCCCUGCUCCGUGGAGAGGUGGUUUUGUACUGAUGCCCACAUCCACUGUCCCAGGAGCAGAGACACCGCCCCAGAGGGCAUGGAUCUGGCUCCUCCUCUCCAGCGCGGCCCAGUCUGAUUCCUCCCUUUUGGCUCCUGGAAGGUGUAGAGCUGAGAUCCCAGAGUUCUGGGGUAGUUUUGGCUCAAACUGUUGUAUUCCUUUUCCUCCCCUUUGUCACUCAGCUUGGUUUGGUGCCCAUAACUUCCUCCUAGAUCAUCCCCUGAGGUUGGUGGGGCUUAGCUCUCCUGGGGCCCCUCGAAGCUUGUCCAGGCCCUCGUGCUGCUGGGCCCCUGGCCUGGGCAUUGGUCUCCUGCAGCUCGGGCCUGGCUCUGAGCCCCUCGUGCUGUCACUGAAGUGGCCCAGUUCUCUGUGUCACGGGCCAGGCCACCCCAGCGCCCGGACAGCUGCAUACACAGCAGGCACCUGUGUCAGCUCAGUGUCGCUUCUGCUCAAUGUCUACCUCUUGCAGUUCCCAUGUGGCCAGCGUUUUCCCCAAUGGCCGGCCGCUGCUGGUGGGGGCGGCUGGCACCACUGGCAAAUGGGGCGCCUGACUGGGCUGGAGGGGUCAGGGAUCCCAGCCCCUAACCCUGCUCUCUCGACUAGAAAUGUGUCUUCUCCAGUCUGCCCGCUCCUGCCACCCCAGCCUGCCUGUCUGCCAGCUCUCUGCGUCCCUUCAGUCCUGCACCUGCAUUUCAGCAGCGCCGAAAAACUCUGCUGAGAAGGGGCGGUCACCCCAGGCUUCCUCUCUGGUCCUGCCUCCCGGCAGUUCACAUUCCUCCUUCACAUGACAUCUUUCUCGGCGUCCAUGAGGCACCAGCUCAUGUGGCUUAGCCACCUCAACCCUAAUCCUCCCUUCCCUCCCAAAUAGCCCUGAACUCAACUUGGGCAGACUUAUUCUGAUUCUCUGAAACCCCAUCUCCUCUUUGCAGAAGGCACCGAUGUAUUACUCUCAAAUGAUAAAAUAAUUAGCGCGAGAUCCUUCUUCCCCGUCCGAUUCCCUCUGCCUUUCCUGAGCACCCCAGGCUUGGAGCCAGAGGGAGCAGGCAUGCCGGACACUGGGGAAUUUGAGUCCAGGCUGAUUUUGGGGGUGGGGGCUGGGAUGUGGGACCUAGGGGGAGGGCCCCCCUUCCUUUCUGGAGCUCUGAUUGGGGCUCCGAAGCCUCACGCCUGGGAUGUGAGGGUGUACAGUGAGUGCUGCGGGCAGGCGCUCUGGCGGUGUUAGUGGAUGUGACCGUGUGGUUCUGUCUAGUGACCGGACUCGACAUUGUCGGUUUCAGUUCUGCUUUUCACAGCAACUGUAACCAAUAAGCACUUUCUCUUCUGGUGGUUUGUUGCAUUUGUUCGUCCAGUUUUGUUGGAGCAAAACAAAGAGCCGAGUCUCAUGUUGUUCUCCGGAGGGGCCGCUGCCCCUCCCCAAGUCGUCCCGUGGCCCCAGUCGGCUGUUUCCUGGCGAAUCCCUCCAGCCCCCGUGAGCCGGCUCCACUGGGGCUGGAGAGCGGACUUCCCCGCCUGACCAAAGCGCCCCGUUUCUCCGUAGCAUGUUUGUUCCUCCCAGUUGGGGGGCUGUCCUGCUGGAGGGCCCGCCUGCCACCUGCCUGUCCCUUCGCCCUGUUGGGGGUUCAGGGUGCAUCCACAGCCAGGGCCUGCUCGCGUGGCAUCAUGGUUUUUUUUUUCUAAAGAGCUCGACUCCUCCCUUAGGCUUCACAAAAUAUGAAAAAAAAAAAGGGGGGGAGACUUUUCAUGCAUUUGGAUGAGCGUCCCUCCUGCCCGGACCCUGGACCAGAGAACACAAACAUGUUUGCACCCCAGUAUUCAGACAUCACUAGCGGGUGGGCUCUCUGGGUCUCCUUUUACCACUCUGGACCCAGACCCAUGCCCAGAAGUGUCCUGCAGGCAAAGCGUGGCACCCAUUUCUCAAUGAAAGCUGGGCCCGAGGCAGCGUGCAGCUGUGGUGUGGUUCUGCGUGGACACGCCCACCCGGCCCAGGUGCAGCCGGCCCGGGAGGGGUGCUCCGGCUGGAAGGAGCCUCGAAACUGACCCCGCCUUAAACAACCAACUUUCCAGCUGAACCCCAGGGGGGUGGGUGCCCAGUGUGCUGGGGACCUAAUCUGCCACAGGAAGUCACCUCCCUCCUUCUGCUGCCUCUGGGUUUGGGGGAACGUUCUUAAAAAAAUCAUACUUAGGGUCAAGUCCAAGCAUCGAGGCCUGGUCUGGGUCCUGCUCUCUUUGCUGAGAAACCGAGAGGGUGGUUGGGGUAAAUACCAGUUGGACCUCACUCUCGUGGGGACAAGGAGUGGCAGGUGACACCAAAGAGGGGCAGGACAGGAGGGUGGCUCGCUCAUGGGGACCCCCACCCUCGGACCCCACCGUCCUAUUUGUUUACUUGGUGGUGGCAGCCUGUCUGGUCUUGUUCGCCGUCUGACUGUUCCUGUGUGUACCUCUCAGUAUUGUCCGUGGUGGGUGGGUCUGUGGGGAAAAAGGUUCCUACUCCUCAUGGCUGCCUUGUACAAAAUCCGUUAGAAAAGAACAUGUAAACUAUCAGAUUUCUAACAAGACAAAAACAGCAUUACGGAGUUAAAAGAUUUUUACAACGGGUCUUGAUUUUGAUGUGAGCUGGUUUUUAACUCUCAAACGUUGUCACUUAAAUAAAAACCUUAUUUGCCUUUAAAA